AUGAAACUCAUUUCAUUAUUUUUAACAAUCGUACUUCUAGAUAGUGCAAGUUCUUUAAAUAUUUUAGGUAUCUUUCCAUACCAAGGCAAAAGCCAUUUCUUUGUACAUAGAGUAUAUUUACGAGAACUCGCGAAAAGAGGACAUAAUUUAACGGUUAUCUCUCACUUUCCCGAAAAAGAACCACCGAAGAAUUAUCACGACAUUAGUUUAGCGGGAAGUAUUAAGAUAUUGGAAGACGACUUGGUAGUACAUAGAUCUUAUAUAUCAGUCCUGCAAGUUGGAAUAUUUCUUACAACAACUGGAAAAGAAAACUGUGAAGUAAUGCUAGCUAAUAAUGAAGUUCAGAACAUGAUAAAACAAAAACCGAAGUUCGAUAUCGUUGUUGUGGAACAAUUUAACAGUGAUUGUGCUCUAGGAAUUGCGUACAAAUUAAAUGCGCCAGUUGUUGGUGUAACGUCUCAUAUAUUAAUGCCUUGGCAUUAUAGUAGGUUAGGUAUACCCUACAAUCCUUCUUACGUGUCGUUUCAUUUUCUCGAAGGGGGAACUAAGCCGACACUCGUUCAAAGACUAGAAAGAGUUGUGUUCGACCUUUACUUUAGAAUGAUUUACUAUUUUGUAACACAAAGGAGCGAUCAAAAUACUCUCGCAAGAUAUUUCAACGACAUUCCUCCAUUGGAGGAUUUAGCGCGCGAAAUAAAAUUUCUACUCUUGUAUCACAACUUUGUUCUCACAGGCUCGAGAUUGUUUCCCGCUAAUGUCAUUGAAGUUGGCGGUUACCAUGUACAAAAAGCUAAACCCUUAACAGGUGAUCUGAAAAAGUUUAUCGAGGAAGCGGAGAACGGUAUUAUAUACAUUAGUUUUGGAUCAGUUAUCAGAAGUUCAUCAUUGCCCAGUGACAAACUCGAGGCGGUACUGGGUGCUAUGAGAGAAUUACCUCAAAGGUUUGUUUGGAAGUGGGAAAAUAAAACUAUGCACGUCGACAAAAAUAAACUUUAUACCUUCGAUUGGUUACCUCAGGUUGAUAUUUUAGGUCACCCGAAAACUUUAGCGUUCUUCUCGCACGCCGGCAUGGGUGGUACCACUGAGGCAAUUCACUUUGGUGUGCCAAUGGUAGCGAUGCCUGUUAUUGGAGAUCAGCCAGCGAAUGCCGCGGCGAUCGAGGAGAGUGGUCUUGGUGUGCAGUUACAAAUAAGGGAUUUAACGAACCAAAAUCUGGUCACUGCGUUCAAGAAGGUUAUGGACCCGAAAUUCCGCGAGAAUGUAAAACUACUAUCAAAGGCUUGGCACGAUCGUCCGUUGCCUCCGCUAGACGCCGCCAUAUACUGGACAGAAUUUGCAGCCCGCUAUUCAAAUUUCACAUUCAGAACCGCAGCAGCCGACGUUCCGUUGUAUCAGUACAUCAAUCUAGACAUCGCGCUCGUGUACAUUGCACUACUACUUUUAAUACUGGCUGGUUUCAAAGCUCUAGUCUCGAUUUGUUGCUUAGGAAAAAGUAAAGAAAUCAGCAGAAGUAAAAAAAUAAAACAUAAAUAA